CUUUCUCACUGCUUAGAGUCUGCUUCUUCUUCUUCUUUCUUUCUUUUUUCUUUAUCAUUGAGGCUUAUUAUUAAAGCUGCAUUCAACGAUUCAUUCAAUCAUCUUAUCUCAGUUAUAUAUUCUCUUCUCCGCCUUCUUCUCUGCAACAACCGCCUUAACUGCCACCUUUUUUCCCACACAAAUGGAACCCAAAGCUCUUUUUCUGCUUGUACCGCUGCUUACUGUCACGCUUUGUUCUUCUGAAGCUGUAACAGAUGAUAAUCAGUUUCAGUUCUUCAACACAAUGAGAGCUUCUCUAUCAGGAAAGGCCUUGGCUGAUUGGGACAUGAAGGGGAAAAGUUAUUGUAAUUUCACUGGAGUUCACUGCAAUGAUAAAGGGUAUGUUGAAAGCGUUAACCUCUCGGGCUGUUCUCUUUCCGGGGAUUUCCCGGCAGACUUGUGCUCGUACCUGCCGGCGUUACGGGUUCUUGAUAUAAGCCGCAACGAUCUCCGUGGCAACUUUCUUAACAGUGUUGUCAACUGCUCUCUCUUGGAAGAAUUCAAUAUGAGUUCUAUUUACCUGAGAACAAAACUUCCGGAUUUCAUCAAAAUGACAUCUUUACGUGUUCUUGAUCUAUCGUACAAUCACUUUGAAGGUGACUUUCCCAUGUCAAUAACAAACCUUACCAAUCUUGAGGUGUUAUACUUCAAUGAAGUUGAUGAGAUAAACUUAUGGCAACUUCCUGAGAACAUCUCGAGGCUGACAAAACUCAGAGUUAUGGUCUUAACGACAUGCAUGUUGUAUGGUCGGAUCCCAGCGUCGAUAGGAAACAUGACGUCACUUAUCGAUCUUGAAUUGAGUGGGAAUUUCCUUUCAGGUCAGAUUCCAAAGGAGCUUGGUUUGCUUAAGGACUUGGAACAGCUAGAGCUUUAUUACAACCAGCACUUGUCGGGGACAAUACCUGAAGAACUGGGAAACCUGACAAAGCUAACAGACUUGGACAUGUCGGUCAACAUGUUGAGGGGAACCAUUCCAGAGUCCAUAUGUCGACUUCCCAAUCUUGAAGUUCUUCAAAUUUAUAACAACAGUCUGACAGGAGAAAUCCCUGGUGUUAUUGGUGAUUCAACAACGUUGACCAUUCUUUCACUCUAUGGAAAUUUCCUGUCUGGACAAAUUCCACAGAACAUGGGGAUCUCAUCACCGUUGAUUGUUCUUGAUUUGUCUGAAAACAAGUUGUCGGGUCCGUUGCCGGCUGAGAUUUGUAAAGGAGGUAAAUUGCAGUAUAUGCUCGUCUUAGAUAACAAGCUUUCUGGGAAGUUGCCUGAGAGUUAUGCAAACUGUAAGUCUCUUAUACGGUUUCGGGUGAGUAAUAAUCAUUUGGAGGGUUCAAUACCAGAAGGAAUUCUAGCUCUUCCUCAUGUUUAUAUCAUUGACUUGGCUGACAAUGAUUUUACGGGCCCUUUUCCAAGAUCAAUUGAAAACGCUAGGAACUUAUCUGAAUUGUUCUUGCAGAACAAUAAGAUGUCUGGUAUUUUGCCCCCUGAAAUCUCUCUAGCUGUAAAUCUGGUGAAGAUUGAUCUCAGUAACAAUCUUCUGUCUGGUUCAAUACCUUCAGAGAUUGGCAAUUUGAAGAUUCUGAAUUUACUUCUGUUGAAAGGUAACAAGUUCGGUUCUUCAAUCCCAAGUUCACUUUCCCUGCUGAAAUCUCUCAAUGUUCUUGAUCUUUCGAAGAAUCGUUUGACCGGCAAAAUCCCAGAGAGUCUCUGUGAAUUGUUGCCAAAUUCCAUCAACUUUUCACAUAAUCAACUUUCUGGACCAAUCCCAAUUUCAUUGAUUCAAGGAGGGUUGUUUGAAAGCUUUUCAGGCAAUCCAGGUCUUUGUGUUCCAAUCCAUGUUCAAAAUUUUCCCAUAUGUCCACACAUUUACAACCAAAAGAAGCUAAAUUCAAUGUGGGCAAUCAUUGUUUCAGCCAUUUUCAUCACAAUCGGAGCUCUCCUAUUUCUUAAACGCCGUUUAAGGAAACAAAAAGCUGUAAUAGAACACGAUGAGACCGUAUCUUCAUCAUUCUUUUCAUAUGAUGUGAAAAGUUUCCAUAGAGUAUGUUUUAACCAACAUGAGAUCCUCGAAGCAAUGAUCGAUAAGAACAUUGUCGGCCAUGGAGGGUCCGGCACGGUUUACAGAAUCGAACUGAAAAGCGGAGAGGUUGUUGCAGUGAAGAAACUAUGGAGUAAAACAGCCAAAGACUCGUUUUCAGAAGAUCAGGUGAUUUUCAACAAAGGAUUGAAGACUGAAGUUGAGACUCUUGGAAGCAUAAGGCACAAGAACAUAGUCAAACUGUACAGCUACUUCUCAAGUUUCGAUUGUAACCUGUUGGUAUAUGAGUUCAUGCCAAAUGGGAACCUUUGGGAUGCUCUUCACAAAGGAUGGCUCCAUCUUGACUGGCCAAUUAGGCAUCAGAUCGCCCUUGGGGUGGCUCAGGGCUUGGCUUAUCUUCAUCAUGAUCUGAUGCCACCUAUUAUUCAUAGGGAUAUCAAAUCAAAAAAUAUACUAUUGGAUGUUAAUUAUCAACCCAAAGUUGCAGAUUUUGGAAUUGCCAAGGUUUUGCAAGCAAUAGGAGGGAAAGAUUAUACCAACACUGUCAUUGCAGGCACCUACGGUUACUUGGCACCAGAAUAUGCAUAUUCAAACAAAGCAACAACAAAGUGUGAUGUGUAUAGUUACGGAGUGGUGUUGAUGGAACUAAUAACUGGUAAGAAACCAGUGGAUUCUGAAUUUGGAGAGAACAAGAACAUUGUUUACUGGGUUUCAACGAAGCUGGACAUAAAAGAAGGUGUGAUGGAGGCCUUGGACAAGCGAGUGUCCGGUUCGUUUAAGGAUGAGAUGAUUCAGGUUCUAAGAACCGCCAUGCGUUGUACAUGCAAGAACCCAUCCCAACGUCCAACAAUGAACGAGGUUGUCCAACUGCUGAUUGCAACAGAUCCUUGCAGAUUAGAUUCUUACAAGCGUUCAACAGAUAAUACCAAAGAUGCAUCAAAUGGCACAAAAAUAAAGAACCAAUCGGAUGUGUGAUGACGGUGUAUGCUGGUGAAUUAACAUAGGUUCUAUAGAAUAGUAGGGUCUCCCAAAGUAUUAUUGAAAGGCUACGAAUAAAAUGGCUUGAAGAUUCUC